AUGAACAGAGUGGAGGACAUCAUACGCAUCGAGGAAUUGAUUCUAUCUGCGGCAGGACGCAUACAGACCUACCACAACGCGUGGUACCACUGGCUCCAAUGGCUCUCCUCUACUACAACCACGGGAGACACACAGCACCUGGCUGAAGCCAAGGGGCUACUGGCCCUGUCCAAACCCAACCACAAGACCACGGAUGACGGGACGUCGAAACAGACACCCCUUAGCGACCCUGCAGACACCGCACCGCUACCUAUCCUGAAUGGUGAGGACACGGCCCCUGUGGAUGCUGGGAGCCGCUACACCUGA